UAGGGACGUUAUCCCUGAAAGUCUGACCAAACACAAACUGACCAGGAAUUCAUUACAUACUUUAGAUACCGCAUUUCUUUUAACUAAUUAACAUGACAAAUGCUAUAGGCUAACUACAGCUGACAGGAAUGAGCUCCAACACACUUUCUGCUGUGUUAGAGAAGCUGAUUCAGCGCCUCUGUCUGAAUGACUUUCCUUGUGGAUACGGCAGCUGGAGAAAGACCAAAGACAGUGCAGGAGCAGAGGAGACGGACACGCUCCUGGAUCUGCUGAACUGUCCCCAUUCUCCAUGGCACCAUGUUGAACCGUGGAGCCCCCAAGCUGCAGCCCUGAGACAGCUGGCCGUGCUCACACCUCACCGCCUGCGCACAGACUUCAUCUACAGCUACUUUACUUCACUUCGUAUUGUAGACAAGAGUGUGUCGGUCGUCGACAGUGGUCUGUUAAGGUUCUCGCAGCUGGAGGAACUGGUGCUGAGUGCAAACAAAAUCUCAGAAAUCCCUGUAGAGAACCUCCCCAGUACUCUGAAGAUUCUGGAGCUUCGUGCCAACUGCUUAUCUGCUCUAAACAGUCUCACCAGCCAACCGCCUCCUCGCCUACAGUACCUUGGCCUCAGUUCAAACAACCUAGGGUCCCAUGAAGACGUCACUCAUCUUACAGGAAGACACUGGCCACAGCUGGUGUGUUUGGAUCUCAGUGACUGUGAGUUUCAGGACCAGCCCACCCUGCUGCAUGCAUUGAGCACACUGCCCUGUCUCAAGACACUGGUUCUGGAGGGAAACCCUUUCACGCUUGCGCCCUCCUACCCCGGCUUCACUGUGGACAGUCUCCCACAGCUCUCUUGCCUGGAUGCUUCAUGGAUCUCCCCUGAGGAAAGACAUCGUUUUAGAGGCUUGGCUGAGAUGACUGUCGUGUUCUUUUGUACAGAUCUGAUAGUGGGCCAGGCAUCAGUCACAGUGAGAGUGGGCAGGAUGAGGGGAAUCCCAGACCCACUGAGUGUGGAUGAAAAUGCUCCUGACUUCCCUGUCAUCACCUACACCUACUUUAUCACAUACGAGUUUCUUAGUCAUCAAACACCUGUUAACCAGAAAGCUGACAUUGAACAUACAGCUGACGCAGCAGCCACAGCAAAUGGUUCCGGUGACGCUGAUCUCCAUUCAGUCAAGAAUGGUGAAAGACAAAUGUGCAAACCAGACCCUGAAGGCUUGACAGUCCGCUCUGAGGAACCCUGCUAUAACACGACGCAGGUGUCAAGACACAGCACAUCAAAACUGACAUGGUCUGAGAAUAUGGACUUCAGUGACACACAAACCUACACUGUCAGUAAUCUGGCAGGCUUAAAGAAAUUCUUCAGUCAAGGACUUUACCUUAAGAUAGAGGAGGAAAAGGUCCUGUCAUGGCCUGCAGCUUCUGAGGACCUUCCAGUGGCCAAACCCCGUCAGAACGUGAAAGAGAAGAAAGGCAAAGAAUCUCCAAUCAAAUCUGGUUCCAUCAAAGACAAGUCUAAAGGUAAAAAGAAGAAAUCUCUACCAUAUCUGGUCCAUGAUGCCCCCAUCCGAAGAAUCCUCGGACCUGUCCACGCCCCCCUGCAAACCCUGGUCAAAGAAAGUCAAAAGGUCGACAUCCUGUGUGACUUUGGCACCCUGCACACGGAGUCUGUGGUGGAGGCUAAGCAAGCACUUGAAAAGGAUCUGGGGAAGAAAAUCAAAAAGGAUAAAAAGAAGGAUGACAAGGAAUCAAAGGGGAGAGGAGGCAGCGAUCCAGGACAGAAGAAUACAGCAUCUUCAGAAGACAAAGGAAAGGGAAGGAAGGUGGAAGCCCACACAAUCAACCCUGUCUCUCUCCAACUGGAACCAGUGACUGUGGAGUUGAGUGUAGCGCUGGAAAAAUGGCAGUCUGCCGCUGAAGCUCGUCACAUCCUGCAGCAACAGCAAACCCCCUAAAGCCCAGAGCCUGUUUUUAUCUAGAAAGAUGUUUCCAGUUGACCUGCUGGUCUAACACACAGAAAACAAUCCCUCCCUGCUUUCCCCCUUUACCGUUGAUUGUGAACGUACCAUAGAGUUGAACUGCAUAUUAACUAAGAUUUUUGGUAGUACUGUAUGCCAGCGUCCAAUUGAAUGAGAAAGUUUGGUCAAUAAUUUAUAAAGUCCUAAACCUCUUCACAUUCUCAUCAUCAUGCAGGAUGAGGUUUACCUCUGCACAAUGCAUCAACUGAACAAUCAGCACAGAGGUCUUGUUUUAAUUUAUGCAGAAAUUUCCUUUAUUUUGAUAGAGACAUUCAAAACAUUUUUAAAGAGGUGCCUCAGUAUUUCAUUUCAUACAGAAAUGACCUUUUAAAUGCAAAGAAACUUUUUGGAAAGGCCGUUUCACUGGAACCAAGGGUUUACAUUAAUUGUGACGUGCUUUAGGUUUAACUGCUUCUUUUUACUGAUCAUCCAGCAGUCUGUUCACAAAGACCAUAGAGAAAGUUCCUGUUAAAGCUGAACAGCACUAGGUUUCACUGCUCCUGCAA